AGAGCCUGCAGCUGGAGCGGGAGAUGUGUUUGGCUUCCAACUGCAGCCUGGCCAGGGUGAACCUGUCCCUGCGCCCGCAGCUGGAGGACGGGAAGGCCUCCCUAGCCAUCAAGUACCAGGAGCUGCGGGAGAUCCGAGAGGCGUGUUGGGACAAGCAGCAGCGUCUGGAGGUGUACCUGGAGAAGUGGAGCCCGCAGAGCGCCCUGGGCCAGCUCCAGGCCAAGCUGGAUGCCUCGGAGGCAGAGUCAGAGGCACAGGUAGAGCAGUUCCUGGCCCAGGACCUGCCUCUCCCUUCCUUUCUGGAGUCCUUCUGCCAGAGCCGCACGCGCUCCCACAUCUGCCGGACGCAGCUGGAGAAACUGCAGGAGCUGCUGCAGAAGGAGCAGGUGGGCAGGGAUCCUGCAGGCCCCGCGGGAGUGGAGUAG